GAAAGCGUGUGCUCACGCCUUGUGGUGUGACAGUGUCAGUAACAGACCGCGGCCAGACAGCCGCUCUGAAAGGACAGAGUUGUUCCAGUUGCACUGCGUCCAAACAACUCAGAUCGAAAUUUAGAAGAGAAGCUGUUAAGGUGCAGGAGUGCAUUCAUUAAUGAGCUGAUUAUUAUUUUUUUGGGAUGCUUUCGGAGGUUAAACGUGGAUAUUUGUUGAUGGGGCUGCUGCUGUUGUGACUCCCGACUCCCCGUUUUAUCCUCACAUGGAAUAAUUAUCAUUAAAAAUUUACUCGAGGAAUAAUCUCAUCAAAUCGCUCUCCAUGGUGCUUGAAGGCAGAGCGAUGGACCGGAUCGGGACCACCAUGCAGAAGAAGGCAGCCGAACUGGAGCGGCUGGCUGAGGUGCUUGUCACCGGAGAGCAGCUGAGGCUGCGGCUCCAUGAGGGGAAGGUGAUCAAGGAUCGGAGGCACCACCUUCGAACUUACCCGAACUGCUUUGUCGCCAAGGAGCUCAUUGAUUGGCUAAUCGAACAUAAGGAAGCCUCAGACCGGGACACGGCCAUUAAGAUCAUGCAGAAACUUUUGGACCAGAGCAUUGUUCACCACGUGUGUGAUGAGCACCGGGAGUUCAAAGACAUGAAGCUCUUGUACCGCUUCAGAAAGGACGACGGCACAUUCCCAUUGGACAGCGAAGCCAAGGUCUUCAUGAGGGGACAGAGGCUAUAUGAAAAGCUGAUGAACACUGAGAACAACCUGGUACAAACCAGAGAGGAAGAAGGGAUGGCAUUUGAACGAGCCCUGGUCGCUUCAGAGUUCAUCGACUGGCUGCUGCAGGAGGCGGAGAUGCCCACCAGGGAGGAGGCCGAGCAGCUGGGACGGAGGCUGCUUGAACAUGGCAUCAUUCAGCAUGUCACCAACAAGCAUCAUUUUGUGGACGGGCCUCUCCUCUACCAGUUCCGGAUGAACUUCCGGCGACGGCGGCGGCUGAUCGAACUCCUCCACGAACGCAGCCGCGGCAUCCCAGAGAGCCACGACAGCCCCUUCUGCCUCCGCAAGCAGAACUCGGACGGAGGCAACACCAGCUUCCUCUCAGUGAGUCCCACUAAGGAAAUCAAGGUGGCGGUUGGAGUUCGACGAAGCAGCAUGAGCAGCAGCUGUGGCAGCAGCGGCUAUUACAGCAGCAGUCCAACGCUCAGCAGCAGCCCGCCGGUCCUCUGCAACCCCAAAUCUGUUGUAAAAAGACAAGUGACUCCCGAGGAGCUUCUGACUCCAGGAGGGCCUUUUAUGAAGAAGACUUUCACUAUCGUGGGUGAUGCUGUGGGCUGGGGCUUCGUGGUGCGAGGAAGCAAACCCUGUCACAUCCAGGCGGUGGAUCCUGGUGGACCGGCUGCUGCAGUUGGCAUGAAGGUGUGUCAGUUUGUGGUGUCUGUGAACGGCCUGAACGUCCUCUGCCACGACUACCGGACCGUCAGCAACCUGAUCCUGACCGGCCCCAGGACCAUCGUCAUGGAGGUGAUGGAGGAGAUGCUAGUCUGACGAGGCCUGCCAGGAACAAAGAUACUAACAUGUCGAACUGAAGUGAGGAAAUAAAACAAGGACUUUGAACUUCUUCACCAGACAAACAUGGAUGACCUGCAGCAAAGCUCUCAUUCCAUCUGGUUUGAUCUAAGUGGAUACUGAGACGUCUGAUUUGGGUAAACAGCUCAUCUUGCUGGCUGUUCCUCUUUGUUUUUUUUAUUAUUUUGCCUUCAGAAGGGAAAGAGCAAGAAUCCCAUCAACCACAAGUGUUUGGAAACAGAAAAAAAGGACCAAACUGUAUUCCUGGUCUGUGCUCAAACUGAGUCUGUUUGCUGAUUCUGAGAGAGUUUUAAAUGAAUGUUACAGGACUCGACCCAGCGCCUUUUAUCAGAAUGUGGAGAUAAGCAAUCAUAAGGGAAACAGGGUAGACGCUAAAUGGGUUUGUACGUUUCAAGAAUAUAUUCCAUGACCUUUGCCCCAGACUUCUCCUGCUGUUCAACACUGCCCUCUACUGAACAGAACAGAGACGCACAUUUUAUAUGCUGUCGGUUUUAGUUUUAUUCAGUUUUUUUUUUUGCUUGCUUGUUUAAAGAAAAUCAUCAUUUUAAAGGAUACAUUUGUUAAAUGUAUAGGUGUUUAUAAUUUGUGAGAAUGUUUUGGAAAAAGAUAUCAAAAUGGAAAAGUGCUGCUUGCAUUACUAAAAGAAAACAAAUAAAAAAACCUGAAGAUUUCUUUAUUUACAACACCAAAAAGUCAUAUUUGUUAAUGUUGUCUGAGCAGUCACUACUCAUUCUUUUUUUUAAUUUAUUUUUUAUAAAUGAUAAUAUAAUUUUUUUGCAUCUUUUAUUACUGAUAAAGCUUUUCAUUUGUUGAUCAAAGACAAUUUAAAUUUCAGGACAAUGAUUACACUGGGGAAGAAUACUAGGAAAAGUAGCUAUUCUUGCAAAAAUUGGAUUAUAAUGUGACAAACUCAAAAAAAAGUUCACUUUUGCAAGUUAAACCAAACUGCAUAUUUUCAACUAUUAUUUCAAAUACAUAUUAAAUGAUUGACCUCACUCAAAGUAUUAUGAGUGAAAAAAUGCCCACAGCGAUGACUGUAAUGUUGUUUUAAAUUGUACCAAAACUAGUGAGACUUUAUCUUUGCUAUAUAGUUCCAGUUCCAGCUUUUGUCUUAUUUAGUAAUUAAUUUUUCUUUAUGUUGUAAGAAGCACCAACAGGUUUUCUGAUAUUCUUUUGGGAUCUACUUGAAAAGACCUGAAUCCUCUUUUGGGUUGUCAUGGCACCAGAAGGUCAGACUCCACAACAUCAACAUAUUAGUGGGUGCUUUUAGACCGUGCCAAAAUGUGUUUAGAAAGGCUGCCAUCGGUACAUAAUGUCUGAAAUAUUUACUGAGUUAGAAGAAAACUGUAGCUAAGUGUUUCUCAUUGCUCGUGCAGUACAGCCAUAAUCUUUAGCAACACUUGUUUACAUGUUUGUUUGAGCUAAAACCACACUGCCUGUGUCAAUAGAUAGACUUGGUUCAGACCUUAAAGAACAUUGCAACUAAAUAAUUCAGAUAAGUCAGAUUUUUAUGCCUCUAAUAUCACUAAGCUGUGCAAUUAUUGUGUCAAUUGCCUUCUAAUGUGUUUAGCUGUUUAGAUGUUUUUGGCAGAAAGGCCUGGAUGCUGUAAAUAUGUUCAUAUGUAGCUUUGCCUUUUAAUCCAAAGCUCUUCUUUAGUGUCACAGAACUGAUUGAUCAGACAACGCAGAACUCGUUUCAAUGUUUGAUUCUCUUGAACAUGAAGAACUAAUGAAACAUCUCUACAGAACAGUGAGGAAGACUGAUAUACAUCAUGUCUUUCUCUUAAAGCAGGGAGGGAAAUCAUGACUGUUCCUCAUUUUUCUGUUGGGAGAGAUAGCAUCAGUCUGCCUCAUUUGAGAUCUAAUCUGCCAGGGUUUGAUUUAAGCGUCUUUCAUGUGUUUGCAGUGCUAAUCUAAAAUUAUCUGGCAAAAGGUUCUUGAAAAUAAUGUAGAUGUUGGACCAGGUUUGUCUGAUCACAGUUUGUUUGCAAAGAGGAUAAAAGGUAUUGCGAUUCAUUGCUGUGUUUUCAGGAAGUAGAAAUUUGCAGAGCUUUAUAACAUGUAAUAAUUUUAGGGGGAAUUGUGGUGUUGGGUUGACUUAAAGCAGGUUCCCUGGCUUUUUAUCUAGAAAUGUUUGCCUUAAGACCUUUUUUAGCUGCUAAAUAUGGUUGGUUAUCACCUGAUUUCUCAACUUAAUGCAUUAAAACUUCCACUGACAAUCAGUGGCCAUUUUCACACAGCGGUAAAACAGGAGGUAACCAAAAAACACGGUGAUGAUGAUGCCACUGUUCCUCUUCCACAGUUUGUGAAAUUAAAAUGUCAAAAUUCAUUGCAUUUUGGGGAAUUUUAUGAUACAUUUUGACAAUUUUAUGUGCCUUGCCCCAGAUUCUUAAUCCAAAUUAGUGACACCACUGACAACAGUGUGCGAGUUUUGACUCUCAUCUUGAUCUACAGAUACACCUAUUCUGACCCUGCUGUGUGGAAAUGGCUAGUUUUUCUUUUUUUUUUCUUCAUAAAAGCAGCUUGAAUGUAACUUAAUGUCUAUAUUAUCUUUAUUAGUUUUAGUUUUAUGGGAAUUUCUACUCACUAAUGGUUGUUUAGUGAGUAAACACUCUUGACACUGGCGACACACUUGUGUUUGUUUUCCUUUGUUUCCAGAGGUUCAAUGUUUUAAGACAAUAUAAGCUUAGCGCCUGUUUCAUCACAACGUUUUAAUGUACAGAAAGGUUAAUAAAAACCUCAUUUCUGG